CGUCAUUGUGAUUCAUAGGUAACAACACAGAACCGGCUUCAGUCAGAUGAACAUCGGCAAACCGAGGAAAGAUUAACACACCAUCCAAGUUCUUCUUCAAAAGAUGUAGAUCCCUGGACAGCAUCAUCAGAAAACCUUAAAUACUAAACUACGAUAAGUUUGAAAUCUGACCCGUGUUCGGCAUCAUGGGCGGUGUGGCAAUCGACAAUGAUGACAGUGGCAUCAAGGCACCCGAUGGAGGUUGGGGUUGGGCUGUCCUUUUCGGAGGCUUCGUUAUUACUGGCUUCUCCUAUGCAUUCCCCAAAGCGGUCAGUGUCUUUUUCAAAGAGCUCAUCCGGGAAUUUGGAGUGGGCUACAGCGACUGUGCUUGGAUCUCCUCCAUCCUUUUAGCAAUGCUUUAUGGCUCUGGGCCUAUAUGUAGCAUCUUGGUGAACCGUUUUGGGUGUCGCCCCGUGAUGAUGGUGGGUGGCUUGUUCGCCUCACUGGGAAUGAUUCUGGCAUCAUUUGCAACCAGCAUUAUCCAUAUUUAUAUCUGCACUGGAGUCAUAACGGGUUUGGGUCUUGCCCUGAACUUCCAGCCGUCACUUAUCAUGCUGAACAGAUACUUCAGUGAGAGACGACCCUUGGCUAACGGACUGGCUGCUGCUGGAAGUCCUGUGGCCUUGUGUUGUUUGUCUCCUCUUGGUCAGGUUCUUCAGUACAACUAUGGUUGGCGUGGAGGCUUUCUCAUCCUCGGAGGUCUGCUGUUGAAUUGCUGUGCAUGUGGGGCCCUCAUGAGACCCUUAACCGGUCCCAAAAAGCCUGAAGUGGAUGCUCCCGAAAAAGCGGCUAAAGCGAAACCAAAAGCCAAACUUCUUGAUUUCACAGUCUUCAAAGAUCGGGGUUUUGUGAUUUACACAGUGGCUGCGGCUGUUAUGGUACUUGGUCUAUUCGUACCUCCUGUGUUUGUGGUCAGUUACGCAAAGGAAUUGGGCAAUGAGGACACCAAGUCUGCUUUGCUGCUCACCAUCCUGGGGUUCGUCGACAUCUUCGCCAGGCCCACGUGCGGCGUCAUCGCUGGACUCAAGUGGGUGCGUCCACGAUGCGUGUAUCUUUUCAGUUUCGCAAUGCUCUUCAAUGGCAUCACCGAUCUUGUCGGCUCCUUUUCCAAAGACUAUCCAGCUCUCGUGGGGUUCUGCAUAUUUUUUGGCAUCUCCUAUGGUAUGGUUGGAGCCCUACAGUUUGAAGUGUUGAUGACCAUCGUUGGAACAGAGAAGUUUUCCAGCGCAAUCGGCUUGGUGCUGUUAGUCGAAGCCUUUGCUGUGUUGGUGGGACCACCUGGAGCAGGUCGCCUGCUGGACUACACAAAGAACUACCAGUUUGUUUUCCUGCUGGCAGGGUGUGAGGUGGUUGUCUCUGCAAUUGUGAUUUUCAUCGGUAACAUGCUCUUCAUCAAGAAAAAGCCCCAACAUCCUGACCCUCCAGCCAAGAUGGAGAUGGCCAUUACUGAUGCGGAGAUGGAGGAGCUCAACAAAGCAGCACCGCAGGAACCAGACAACAAAGGUGAUGGUGAGACUGGGAAUGAGCAAGCGGUCGAACCGGGCAUUCAGGAAAGCCCAAAACCUGAGGAUAACAAGGUUAAAGAGUCAGAAAGCGCAGGCGUGGACUCUGCAGAGCUUGAAGUUUCCAAAAAGUUGACUGAAGCAAAUGGUGUCAUUGUAGAACCCGAAUCUUCCCUCUGAAGAAAGUAGUAGAACAACAUAUGUGACAACCUUCUCUAUAGGGCCCAUGAACACGCUUGGUCGGUGAAAUCAAAGUGUUAAACUCUUAUAGAUGUUUGAUGUUAGGUAUGCUUUUCUGUAUCAUGCUUUGAGUGUGGCUCUCAAUUGGGUACAGAGAGCUGCUUUCAGAUCUGCUUUGCAGUUCAGAUAUAGCACAUGCAUUUAGACAGAGCAAUUUUUUUUGAAAGGCCUGUCCCUGCCAUGUAUGCUAACGUUGCAGGAUAUCGUACACAUUUUUUAAGGAGUAUAAUUUUAUUUAUUUUUAUGGUGAUCCAGAGAUUUUAAAAUGUUUAGGAGAGUAUUUUUAAAUCUAGAAAAUUGUACUUCAGUGGCACCAAAUGUUAUACACUCCACAAUACGCACCAGCAUUUUACUGCUUUGUGGCGCAUACUGUUUGCUUAUGUGAGUUGUUUGUAGUAAUCUGAUCUGCUGUAACGUUUCAAACUGGUCCUAAGGAUCACACAUUUAUUUAUUUUCCGUUGUAUCAAAGUCCCGUGUUUCAAACAAAUACAGACUUGCAAAGAGUUUUAAAUGCAACAAUGUAAGCUGUUUUGUUAUGAAACAUGGGAUCCUAGUUCUAGUCUCUUUAAAUUGUACACUUAAAUGCGUGUUUUGACAAUGUACAAAAUUCAGAUAUGCAUUUAAAAGUGUUUGUGUAGUGUUUCAAUUGAUACAGAAUAGUUGUUGGAGUAAGCUUCCAUAUUUUUGUAGGUUGUUUUUAUUAUGUUUUAUUGAGAAUAGACAAAAUGUUAAUAUUAGUUGGUAGUCACUUUUGUUUUAUUCAUCUAAAUGACCAACUGCAUCAUUCACCGGGAUAGGACCAUUUGGUGCGCUUGUAUGUGUGCAAUGUCUGUUAUGUAACAUUUAUUUUUAGUUCAGUAUGUAUGGACUGUUCAUUGAGCACUCUUUUGAAAGGCAAACAUCAGUAUGAUAACAAUUGUGAAGGUACAGAUUGCUGUUAAUCCCAGCAGUUUGUGGGUAGGGACCCUCUUCUAAUUUUUUUUUGUACUAAAGACACAUAUGUUUGGUUGUGCCUUAAGUCUGAUUUGUAGCCAUAAUUUAGUUCUAGUAAUAAAUGGCAUCCCAUCCCUC